UGUAUGCGGCAUACGCUCUCCUCGAUCUCCUACUACUACAAAAUAUCCCCAAGAGAUCAAACCGUCAGCAAAGAUGGCAGCCAUGGAGGCGUUGGAGCCGAUCCACCAAACCCUGAGCGAGAUCGACAAACGGAUCCCCGACACCCUCCCCGCCGAUUAUGGACUCGAGAAACGAGCCUCGCGCUCGUCCGAGGACGCCAUCGCCAGCGUCUUCCCGCUGUAUCUGGAGCCGCCGCAUCGGAAGCGGGACGACGGCAGCGCGUCGCAGCGUGACGGCGAGGAGCCGCAGGCUCUGAGGAUGAACUGGGCCUCAUGCUACGUGCCGCGCCACGACGAGGACGCGCACUUCGGGCUCCACGAGGCCGGCGUCGUGGGCGUGGCGGAUGGCGUCGGCGGGUACCGCAAGCACGACGUGGACGCCAGCGCGUUCUCGCGCGAACUCAUGAGGAGUGCCUUCCAGCAGGUGCUGGCGAUCGAGCCCGGCACGCCCGUCUGCCCGUACACGCUGCUGGAGCGGGCGUGCGAGGAGACGGUCGCCUCGGGCGCGGAUGGGGGAUCCACGGCAGUCAUCCUCUCGCUCGCCGGCACGGCUCUCAGGUGGGCGUUCAUCGGCGACAGCGCGUUCGCCGUGUUCCGAGACGGCAAGGUCGUGCACCGUUCGCAGCGGCAGCAGAAGCGUUUCAACUGCCCAUUCCAUCUCAGUGCAACCGGAAAAGGGGACUGCGUCAGCAAAGCGGACGUCGGGCAGAUGGCGGUGAGACACGGGGACGUCGUGGUGCUCGGGACAGACGGGCUGUUCGACAACAUGUUCGACGCGGAGCUGGAGGUGAUCGUGCGGAUGGCUACGGCGCUGGGCGUCUCGCCCAAGAACAUGGCGAACGUCGUCGCGGGCAUGGCUUACGAGAUGUCGAUGAGCAAAAUCAAAGACUCGCCGUACAGCACCGACAGCCGGAGGCUACAAGGAGGCCAACACUUGGGUGGGAAGCCGGACGAUAUUACUGUCGUCGUCGCCUUCAUUGUCUCUCUGUACUCUUGAUCUACAUUUGUUUUUCCACUCUUCUUCUUCCGUGCAUUGCGAGUCUUGGGGACAAGAAGUCAAGAACUAUCAUCCAUGGACAAGUGAAAGAGUUUCCAAUUCCAACUAGAAAUCAGGUCUAUGGGAAAACGAACCAUGUGUAUGUGUUGCUCCUCAAUCUACUAUUGAGUGCUUGGAAACUAUGAUCUGUAGCGAUUCAGUAGA